AUUGGCUGUAGACAUCAGUUCUAAAGCACAUCUCAAAAGCUAAAGAAAAAACUUUUUCCAUUCAACAAUGAAAUUCUUCAUGGUAUUCGCUGUCUUCAUAGCCUUGGCUGCCUGCUUGGCCUCGGCUGCUCCCUCCGAAGAGGCCAACUUUGUUGAUGGCGCCUCAGCUUUGCGACAACUGGAACCUGAACUUCAUGGACGCUACAAGAGAGCCACCUGUGACCUGUUGAGCGGAAUGGGAGUCAAUCACUCUGCCUGUGCUGCCCACUGUGUAUUGCGUGGGAAUCGUGGAGGAUACUGCAACUCUAAAGCCGUUUGUGUAUGCCGUAAAUAAAUUGUUAAAUUUAUUGUUUAAAUAGUAAAUUAAAAUUAAUUUAAUAAAAAAAUCGAAAAUCAAAUAUAAACGGCAUUUCAUAGACCGA